UAUCCACUUCCCCAAUUUCCUUCUGGCUUUCUUCCUCAAUCUCUUUUGGUUUUUCUUUGCUAUUUUUCCUCCACUUCGUUCCUGUCGAAGUCAGUAUUGUUGGGUCUCUCAUUAUUUCAUUCACCAACUCGUCAUAACUUUGUCUCCCCUCCUUAAUUAAACUGUUCCCAUUUCCAUGAAACCUCCACCUUCUCACAAAGUAACUUUCACACACUUCUCUGGUAAUCUGCCCCUCAAUUUUUCGUUCCUCUCGGGACGGGCCCCCCGCUGCUGUAUUUUUCCAUGCUUUCUCCUCUCGCUUGCGCCUUGCUUCCUCCUGAUUCUCCUUAGGCUGACCAGAUCUGAAAGCAGAGAUUAAGUC